UGGAACGCAGCCUUAACCACUCCUAAUUAUUAUUCUAAUACUGAUACCUUUCAAUACAUAAAAGUUUAAAAUCAGCCUUCCAUUUAUUUAUUUUUAUUUGUAUAAUGGUUUUAAUGGAUAAAAUAUCAUUGGAACUUGGAGCUCAGGAGCCUUGGCCUAAAGAUGUUAAAUUAUAUCAGCCAUAUGAAGUUGAGCAAAUUUUAUUGCCUGAUAAUGCAAAUUGUCUAGCUGUUCAAGCAUUUCUGAGAAUGUGCCAUUUAAACUAUGUUGUUGAACCAAGACCUAAUGCAGAGGCAAUGUCCCCAUCCUUGAAAGUCCCCUUUAUCAAAGCCGGUAGAUUUGUCAUAUCCGAGUUGGAAGAAAUCGUGCAGUUUGUGAACAGAAAGGGAAUUACUUUGACCGAAAAAUUAGACCCUGAUCAGAAGGCUGACAUGCGAGCUUUCAUGUCUUUAAUACACAACGUCAUGGAAGUUUCUGAACUUUACAUUUGCUGGGUCGAUCAAGAAACCUAUAAUGAAGUAACAAGCUUGAGACACGGUUCGGUUUACCCGUGGCCUUUGAAUCAUUUUCAGAAUUAUGUAAAAAGAAACCAAGUGAUAAAGAAACUGAAAGCUAUUGACUGGUAUAAAAAAACCCUGGAAGAUGUUUACACCGAAGUAGAGUCUUGUUGUGAAGCUCUCAAUAUUCGACUCGAUGGAAAAAUGUAUUUUUUUGAAGAAGGGCCUACAGAAUUGGAUGCUCUAGUAUUUGGCCACCUUUUUACCAUUCUAACGACUCCAUUACCUAGAAGUGACCUAGCAAAUAUAGUGAGGAACUAUCCUUCUUUGAUAGAACUUGUGCAAAGGGUUGAAAAAGGAUUUUUUGGGAAAGAUGUGAAAGAGUAAUUUAAGUUGAUUUUAUUGUUCAUGAAUUUAGAAUUAUAUAGUAUAUUGGCGUUCUU